UAUCCAGGAUUUUAAAAAAAUGGCUCCAAAGCCUCGUCCUUCUGUGUGGUUCAGAAUACACAAUGGCUGUGUGUCAGAAACACACUCCUUGCUUCCAGGAAUGUCUGGUGUCUGGGGAGAUUACAAGACCCAGGAAAAGGCUGCAGCUGUACCAGUUAGUGGGCCCAGGCCAAUGCCAACUGAGAAUCUAUAGGAGCCAGGGGAGGAGGGCAUGGAGGGCGGGGGCCAGGGCAGGCUUCCCGUGGGAGGGGCAGUGCCAGUAGGCUUUAAGUAGGCAGUGAGGGCAGGGCAGUGGGCACAGAGGAAGACGGCCUUCGAGAGCAGGUGGGAGGGGCAGGGACUUGAACUGUGGAUGCCCAGGCCCUUCCUUCACCAGGAUCUGAUGGGCAGGGUGGCUGCAGCUCCUUCCUGGGCUUGGGGGCGUGAGUGGAGGCUCAUUGCCCGGGUUCACUUCUGGGGGCACUGGGCAUGGGCGGCAUCUCAGACUAGAUCCACCUGUCCCUUUAUACCCUGUUACUCAGAGAGCUGUAUCCGCUGGGAAUGCCCCUCGAGAAGUGAGGCAGUGAUGGCGGACUGCUACACAGAGCUGGAGAAGGCGGUUGUAGUUCUGGUGGAAAACUUCUACAAAUAUGUGUCUAAGCCCAGCCCGGCCAAGAACAAGAUCAGCAAGGACAGCUUCCAAAAGAUGCUUCAGCAGGAGUUCAACCACAUGCUGACGAACACGGGGAACCGAAAGGCUGCUGACAAGCUCAUCCAGGACCUGGACGCCAACCAGGAUGGAUGCGUCAGCUUUGACGAGUACUGGACCUUGAUAGGAGGCAUCGCCAGCCCCAUCGCCAACCUCAUGUGCGAGCAGAAGCAGCAGAGCAGCAGCUAAAGACCCCCCACCGUCCCCUCAUGGCACUGCCCCCAUGCCCAGCCCCUCGUGCUCUUCCCAGCCUCCUGCCCACCCGGGCCCUGCCCUCACUUCUCCCUCCAGACCUUCUGUUGAUCAUUGCUGAACAGGGGGAGGGGGGAUGUCAGGGCCUCUUUGUGAGCAUAUCCCAGUCUGGGGGUGCCUACCUCAGGGUCUCGGUCCCUGGAGCCAGCAGACGCUGGGCAUCCAGGCCCCCAGUGCUGUUUGGGUAACCCGAGUUUCCUCAGUCCAUCUACCCUGCCAACAUCUGAUGUUCCUGCCUAAUGCUGAGUCUCUCUUGACCUCUGGAGGUCAGCUGGCUGCUCCAGGUCUUCCUGCUCCUGGCAUAAGCACCAGAGACAUCUCCCCUUCCCCUCAGCCCCUGGGCUGGGGAAAGACUUUCAGGGACUGCCCUCCAGCUAGCUGCCUCUGGGUCUGGGAAGAGAUCAGCAGGGUUGAGCCUUCUCCCUCCUCCUCAGCCCCUGAAGCAUGGCAAUAAAGGCUGGAUUUGAC